ACAUUAUUCAGAUCCCAUCCCUUUUCAGCCACCUCGUGGUUGAAUGAAUCAUGUCGCAGCCCACCACGAGGAACGGAGCCAUCGCUCCGACCGGACUCAGCGCCCGGUCACUGAAAAGCACAUUCCUCGUUAGCAACAUCCACUGCGCCUCCUGCGUCGCCUACAUCGACGAAGUCCUAUCUGGCAUUGCGGGCGUGAUCAAGGUCGAUGUGUCCGUCCUCACGCACGAAGUCCGCGUCAUGCACACCGCAGGCGUGGAGCCGCCCGAUUUGGCCAAAGCGCUGAUUGACGCCUCCUUCGACGUGCAUCAUGCUACAAGCUACGAACCGAAGGGCUCCGUCGUCGCGGACUUUGACACGACCGCGUGGCUGCCCCGCGACUCGAUCUUUGCCGGGGCCAGUCAACAGCCACCCGGUGGUGCGCAUGCUGCAACCUUGGCCCCGGGCAAUCGACACAUCGAGAACUGCGAUGCCUGCCGGCAGGAGGAGCUCGAGAGGCUUGCCUCACCAGAAGAGAAAUUCAAUGCGCGCGUGAGCAUUGGCGGCAUGAGCUGUGCUUCGUGUGCAAACAGCAUCACCAACGAAGUCAAGCAGCUCGACUUUGUUCAGGAUAUCACCGUCAACCUACUCACGAACAGUGCGACUAUUGUCUUUAGUGGCCCGCGAGCAAAUGCCGAAAAGAUCGUCGAGCAGAUCGAGGAUAUCGGGUUUGAAGCGUCGCUCGAUGAGGUGCAGAGCCUGACUGUUUCUCCGAAACGCAAGGGGCCUACGCCGACUUACAUCGCAGAGAUUGCCAUUAGCGGCAUGACGUGCGGAUCUUGCUCGGGCGCGGUCACUCGCGGGCUUGAAGAACUGCCUUUCGUGGUAGAAGUUUCCAUCAACCUCCUCACCCACAGCGGAAGAGUCGAAUUCCAGGACCGUAACAAUAUUGACGCUAUCGUGGAAAAGAUCGAAGACUUAGGGUACGAUGCUUCGAUCAACAGUGUUUCCCCCAAGGGCUCAUCUCAGGAGAGCGAGAUCGUGGAAGAAAGAACGGUUUCUGUUCAUGUGGAUGGCAUGUUCUGUCACCAUUGCCCGGAGAAGAUCUUCAAAUCCGUCGAAGACCUGCCAAAUGUCAAGGUGCAGGGUGCGCUCUCCGUCAAUAACCCCAUUCUCACCGUGACAUACACGCCCAAAACCCCCUCCCUCACUAUAAGAACAAUACUGCAAACCAUUGGAAAAUCGCACGAGUCAUUCACAGCCACCGUAUACCACCCGCCGAGUGUGGAGGAUCGGUCUCGAGCGAUGCAACGGUACGAAAGACGGCGCCUCCUCACUCGGUUCAUCUUUGUUUUGGCAGUGGCUAUCCCCACUUUCUUACUCGGGAUCGUAUUCAUGACUUUGGUGUCGUCGAACAAUCCCACUCGCAAGUACCUUGAAGAGCCAAUGUGGGCGGGCGAUGCGUCGCGCCUCGAGUGGGCACUUUUCAUCAUGACCACACCUGUGAUGUUCUAUGGGGCGGACAUCUUCCACGUGCGAGCGAUGAAAGAGAUCUACUCGCUUUGGCGGCCGGGCAGUCGUGUACCGAUCCUGCGGAGGUUCUAUCGCUUUGGUAGUAUGAAUCUUCUGAUCUCCGCUGGAACCAUGGUGGCUUAUGUCUCCUCCCUGGCUGUGCUGAUCAUGGAUGCCUCGAUGGGGUCUUCAUCCAGCACUCAUAGCUCCACCUACUUCGAUACGGUGGUCUUCUUGACCAUGUUCAUCCUUGCUGGGCGCUUCAUGGAGGCAUACAGCAAGGCCAAGACGGGUGACGCAGUUGCAUCGCUCGGAAAGCUGCGACCAAGUGAGGCCUUGCUCAAGGUCUCCGAAAGUGUUGAGGGAGGCGCAGACACAGGAGCCGGCCCCAAAGACGGCGGUUACCAGCGGAUCAGUGUCGACAUGCUGGAAAUCGGUGAUGUGGUCAGCAUCCCCCAUGGAGCCUCGCCCCCAGCCGACGGAGUGGUAGUCGGAACCGGCUCCUAUCAGUUCGACGAAAGUUCAUUGACCGGCGAAUCGAAACCCGUGCACAAGUCAGCGGGCGACCCUGUGUAUACGGGCUCUGUCAAUGUGGGACAGCCCGCUGACGUCAAGGUCACUGCUCUUGGAAGUUCUUCCAUGUUGGAUCAAAUCAUCUCGGUAGUACGAGAAGGCCAGAGCAGACGAGCACCGCUCGAGAGAGUGGCAGACCUCCUGACCUCUCACUUUGUCCCGACUAUCACCCUCAUCGCCAUUCUGACCUUCGUCAUCUGGCUCUCCCUGGGACUAUCUGGAACGCUUCCCGAGGACUACCUCGACGUCAGCCGCGGCGGUUGGACGUUCUGGAGCCUGGAGUUUGCGAUCGCGGUCUUUGUCGUCGCCUGUCCCUGCGGCCUCGCCCUCGCCGCGCCCACCGCGCUCUUCGUUGGCGGCGGCCUGGCUGCUCGCCAGGGGAUCUUGGUGAAAGGCGGCGGCGAAGCCUUCCAAGAAGCGAGUCGUCUCGACGCCAUCGUGUUCGACAAGACCGGGACCCUCACCGAAGGAGGCAGCCUGCAGGUCUCUGAUCAUGAAGAGCUCAUCACCGACCCAGACCUGAUAUCCAUCGCCUGGACCGUCACCCGCAAGCUCGAAGAGAGCAGCAACCACCCCAUCGCCCGGGCCAUCUCGAACUUCUGCCGCGACGAGAAGCCAUCCACCCAAGUCUGCCGCGUCGAUGAGAUCGAGGAACUCUCCGGCCAAGGUAUGAAGGGCACCUUCACCAUCACCACCACCACCACCAAAGACACCAGUGGCAAUAGCAUUAGUGGUGGCCAACGACAAUUCGAAGCCGCCAUCGGCAACCAACGCCUCGUGCACGCUCUUACCAACACCAACACCAACCCCGACGACCCCGACCCGGACCCAAACCUCACCGACCUCACCAACCGGCUCACCAAGCACCAAUCCGCUGGCAAAUCCACCGCCAUCCUCCUCCUCCGGCCCCUCACCACGGGCACUCCCACUCAUUCCACCACCCAAAAACCCUUCACACCAGCCCUCCUCCUCGCCACCACCGACACAAUCCGCCCCUCCGCCGCCCGGAUCAUCCGCGCCCUGCACCGCCGCCAAAUCUCCGUCUUCAUGUGCACCGGCGACAACCGCACCACCGCCGUCGCCGUCGCCUCGCAACUCGGCAUCCCGGACGCCAACGUCGAAGCCAACGUCACCCCCGCCGGCAAGUCCUCCUUCAUCCGCUCCAUCCAGAACCACCCGAACACGGACCUCGAAGCCCAGCAGCGCCCACCUCCAUCGCCAUCAUCAUCCCCCCAAUCCGCCGGCCGGAAAAUCGUCGCCUUCGUCGGCGACGGCAUCAACGACUCCCCCGCCCUGACCGCCGCGGACGUCAGCAUCGCUCUGGCCACGGGCUCCGACGUCGCCAUCAACUCCGCCAGCUUUAUCCUGCUGCACGCCGACCUCGACGCCAUCCUGCAGCUGGUGCGCCUCAGCCGGCGGGUCUUCCGCCGCGUGAAGUGGAAUUUCGCCUGGGCACUGGUGUACAACUGCUGUCUGGUGCCGGUGGCGGCGGGGGUGUUUUAUCCGAUCGUGAGUGGGCAUAAGGCGGCCGUGAAUGGUCACGGGAGUGUGGCGACGCAUUGGCGGCUGAGUCCCGUGUGGGCGUCGUUGGCGAUGGCGUUGAGUAGUAUCUCGGUGUUACUUGAAUCGACUCGAUAA